AUGCGUGCGGAGGAGGGGGAAAAGGUGCCCCCCUCCGCCCCGGGCAAUGGCCUCUCCGCGGAGGAGGAGCUGCGGCAGCUGCGGAGCAAGACCAACGCGUGGAAGCAGUCGGUUGCCGUCCAGCUGGGCGAGGCGGCCAAGAAAAACAAACUGCUGCGGGAUGAGUUGAAGGACGUCGAAAACAAACACGAGCGGGACAUGCUGGCACUGCGUGUUCAACUCGACAAGGAGUUUCGUGAGCGGACGAACCUGAAGGACGAGGAAAUCAAUGACCUGCAGCGGCAGGUGACGCAGCUGCGUGAGGAGAAGCGGCGCAUGGCGGAGGAGCACGAAAAGAACCUGGAGGAGACGGCCAGUCGCGUACGCGAAAACAGCCGGCUGGAGCACGUGUCGCAGACCAAGACGGAGACGGAGCAGCAUGAGGCAGAGCUACGGAAGCUGCGCGACGUCAUAGAGCAAAAAGAGCAGGCGCUUGUACAGGCAGAACACGAGGCGGCGGUGAUGAGCACCCGCCUCGAUCGGUUGGGGGAACAGUACAGAGAAUUGUCCGGUCUUAUGAUCCAUGAUGAGGGGCAGCUUGCUAAGCAAGAAGCAGAGGCGGAAGACGAUGGAGGCAACGGUGAAGCUGCCUCACAGCACCUAGUGAAGUUGAGCGAUGCGGCGCAUAAGCAGCAGUUGGAGACGGCACGCUCAGAGCUGCGCAGUUUGGAAGAGAAGUUUGCCGGGAAGUUACGAGAGGCACAACGGACGCACGAGGUAGAGCGGCAGCGGUGGGCGGAAGAUAUUUACCAACGCGAGGAACAACUCCUGGCACUGCAGACACUUCUGCGACAGGCACAAUACGAGGCUGAAACCGCCAACCAGCGCAUUGCUGCUGCAGCGGCGGAGAGGGAGCGGUCGGAGCAACGCCUGGCUCAGAAGGUGGCAACGCUGAGUAAAGAGUUGGCAACGCGAAUGGAACAGUCACAACAGUUAAACGUGGAGGUGGGACGCCUGCAGCGAGAGGUGAGUUCGCAAGAAGCACUUAUACGUAGUCUGGAGGAGGAUGCCCGAAUGCGGGAAGAAGCCUUCACCUCAUUGACUCUUUCAGAAGACAAUCGUAACCUUGUACAGGGGCUUCAGGGGGCACUGCAGGAGAGCCGUGAGGAGGCGGAACACUGGCGCUGCAGGUAUGAAGGGGCCCUCCAAAAUGCGUCAGUUACAGCCGUUGCUAUGCCUUUUGAAGAAAGCGAAAAUGACACGACCACACUCCUGUCACCUGAACUGACCCAGCGGGAGGAGGCCCUGGCUAAAGAGGAAGCCCGUCUGGAGUCGAAGGCGAGGCUGCUGAAAGCUACAGAGGCGCGGUUGGAGGAACUCAAGAGGUCGAUUGCCUCACAGGCAAGUUUUAUACUGCAGCAGCGUGGCGGCGGCGAUGGUGGACAGCGGGGGAAUGUUGAGCGAUCCGAGAAACAACGCCGCGGCGGAAACUUUUUCGCCUCCACACGACGAUACAUGCAGAUGAUGCGGGAACAACAUGGGGAGGAGCUUUUUCUUUUGCCAAGACGUCUGGCGUCGCGUCUUCUUUUUAUUCGUUUGCGCACGGCCCUGCCAGCGUUCCUCUUGUUCAUCUGUAUCUUACUCUUUUUUUUCACUAGACGGUGGACGGGGCCUGUUGACUCAGCAUAG